AGUUUAGUCCUUCGGGUGCAGGACUUCGGGAACCUCGGCGAGCGGAAACCCCGAGGCAGGAGGAGGUCUAAACUAAGCCGAGGACCGAGCCUCAGGUUCGCAGGCGCCUAAACCCGGAAGAGGGAGUACAGGGCCCGGAUCCCUGGGUCCCGUGAGCGGCUGAUGUUUGAGCCAGCAUGUCGCGGAGGAAGCAAGCGAAGCCUCAACAUUUCCAAUCCGACCCCGAAGUGGCCUCGCUCCCCCGGCGAGAUGGGGACACAGAGAAAGGUCAACCAAGUCGCCCCACUAAGAGCAAGGAUGCCCAUGUCUGUGGCCGGUGCUGCGCUGAAUUCUUUGAAUUAUCAGACCUUCUGCUCCAUAAAAAGAGCUGCACUAAGAAUCAAUUAGUUUUGAUUGUCAAUGAAAGUCCAGCCUCCCCAGCAAAAACCUUCCAUCCUGGCCCGUCUCUCAAUGAUCCCGACGACCAAAUGAAAGACACAGCGAAUAAAGCAGACCAAGAAGACUGCAGCGACCUUUCAGAACCCAAGGGGCUUGACAGGGAAGAGUCCAUGGAGGUGGAGGUCCCAGUUGCCACCACCACCACCACCACCACCACCACUGGCGGCAGCGGCGGGAGUGGUGGCAGCACUCUGAGCGGUGUCACCACCCCGAGCUGCCACAGCGGCUCUUCCACGGGUACCUCAGCGAUCACAACCUCUCUACCUCAACUCGGGGACCUGACGACACUGGGCAACUUCUCGGUGAUCAACAGCAACGUCAUCAUUGAGAAUCUCCAGAGCACCAAGGUAGCGGUGGCCCAGUUCUCCCAGGAGGCGAGGUGUGGGGGGGCCUCCGGAGGCAAGCUGCUCAUCUCAACCCUCAUGGAACAACUCCUGGCUCUGCAGCAGCAGCAGAUUCACCAGCUGCAGCUCAUAGAGCAAAUACGUCACCAAAUACUGCUGCUGGCUUCUCAGAGCGCAGACCUGCCGGCAGCACCCUCUAUCCCGUCUCAAGGUACUUUACGAACAUCUGCCAACCCCUUGACCACACUGAGCUCCCAUCUGUCUCAACAGCUGGCAGUGGCAGCUGGAUUAGCACAGAGCCUUGCUAGCCAAUCUGCCAACAUCAGCGGUGUGAAGCAGCUCCCCCACGUCCAGCUACCUCAGAGCAGCUCCGGCACUUCCAUCGUCCCGCCCAGUAGUGGCACUUCUCCCAACAUGAGCAUAGUGACGGCUACAGUGCCCACCCCGUCCUCAGAAAAAGUGGCUUCCAAUGCUGGUGCCUCCCAUGUCAGUUCCCCGGCCGUCUCAGCAUCGUCCUCACCAGCAUUCGCAAUAAGCAGUCUGUUGAGUCCUGCAUCUAACCCACUUCUACCUCAGCCGACCCCAGCUAACGCUGUUUUCCCUACCCCUUUGCCUAACAUUGCAACAACCGCAGAAGAUUUGAACUCCCUGUCUGCCUUGGCCCAGCAAAGAAAAAGCAAGCCACCAAAUGUCACUGCCUUUGAAGCGAAAAGUACUUCAGACGAGGCAUUCUUUAAACACAAGUGCAGGUUCUGUGCAAAGGUCUUCGGGAGCGACAGUGCCUUGCAGAUCCACUUGCGCUCCCAUACUGGAGAGAGGCCGUUCAAGUGCAACAUCUGUGGGAACAGGUUCUCCACUAAGGGCAACCUGAAAGUCCACUUCCAGCGCCACAAAGAGAAGUACCCCCACAUCCAGAUGAACCCCUACCCUGUGCCGGAGCACUUGGACAAUGUCCCCACGAGCACCGGCAUCCCCUACGGCAUGUCCAUCCCUCCAGAGAAGCCAGUUACCAGCUGGCUAGACACCAAGCCAGUCCUGCCCACUCUGACCACUUCCGUCGGCCUACCAUUGCCUCCAACUCUCCCAAGCCUCACGCCCUUCAUCAAGACGGAAGAGCCAGCCCCCAUCCCUAUUAGCCAUUCUGCUGCCAGUCCCCAAGGCUCAGUCAAAAGUGACUCUGGGGCCCCUGAUUUGGCCACAAGAAACCCAAGUGGUGUCCCUGAGGAAGCUGAAGGGUCUGCUGUGCCACCCUUUGGUGGCAAGGGUGAAGAGAGUAACAUGGCAAGCUCCGCCGUCCCCACAGCGGGCAACAGUACUCUGAACUCCCCAGUGGCUGACGGUGGUCCAGGAGGGACCACCUUCACCAACCCUCUGUUGCCCCUCAUGUCUGAGCAGUUCAAGGCCAAGUUUCCUUUUGGGGGACUCUUAGAUUCGGCCCAGGCCUCAGAGACAUCUAAGCUGCAGCAACUGGUAGAAAACAUUGACAAGAAGGCCACAGAUCCCAAUGAGUGUAUCAUCUGCCACCGGGUUCUCAGCUGUCAGAGCGCCUUGAAAAUGCACUACCGGACACACACUGGGGAGAGACCCUUCAAGUGUAAGAUCUGCGGCCGGGCUUUCACCACGAAAGGGAACCUCAAAACCCACUACAGCGUCCAUCGGGCUAUGCCCCCACUCAGAGUCCAGCAUUCCUGCCCCAUCUGUCAGAAGAAAUUCACAAACGCAGUGGUCCUCCAGCAACAUAUUCGUAUGCACAUGGGAGGCCAGAUCCCCAACACCCCAGUCCCUGACAACUACCCUGAGUCCAUGGAGUCUGACACAGGCUCCUUUGAUGAGAAAAAUUUCGACGACUUAGACAACUUCUCAGAUGAGAAUAUGGAAGAGUGUCCUGAGGGCAGCAUCCCGGACACACCCAAGUCAGCGGACGCUUCCCAAGAUAGCCUGUCAUCUUCGCCUCUGCCCCUCGAGAUGUCGAGCAUCGCUGCUCUGGAAAAUCAGAUGAAGAUGAUCAAUGCUGGCCUGGCGGAGCAGCUGCAGGCCAGCCUGAAGUCUGUGGAGAACGGAUCCGUGGAAGGGGAUGUGCUGACAAACGACUCUUCCUCAGUGGGUGGCGACAUGGAGAGCCAGAGUGCAGGCAGCCCAGCCAUCUCAGAGUCUACCUCUUCCAUGCAGGCUCUGUCCCCGUCCAACAGCACCCAAGAAUUCCACAAGUCACCCGGCAUGGAGGAAAAGCCACAGCGAGUGGGGCCAGGUGAGUUCGCCAAUGGUCUGUCUCCCACCCCAGUGAACGGGGGUGCUUUGGACUUGACUUCUAGUCAUGCAGAGAAAAUCAUCAAAGAAGAUUCUCUGGGAAUCCUCUUCCCUUUCAGAGACCGGGGUAAAUUUAAGAACACUGCUUGCGACAUUUGUGGCAAGACCUUUGCUUGUCAGAGUGCCUUGGACAUUCACUACAGAAGUCAUACCAAAGAGAGACCGUUCAUUUGCACAGUUUGCAAUCGUGGCUUUUCCACAAAGGGUAAUUUGAAGCAGCACAUGUUGACACAUCAGAUGCGAGAUCUGCCAUCGCAGCUCUUUGAGCCCAGUUCCAACCUCGGCCCCAAUCAGAACUCUGCAGUGAUUCCCGCCAACUCGCUGUCAUCUCUCAUCAAAACAGAGGUCAACGGCUUUGUACACGUUUCUCCUCAGGACAGUAAGGACGCCCCCACUAGUCAUGUCCCUCAGGGGCCUCUGUCAUCCUCUGCGACAUCCCCAGUUCUGCUCCCAGCUCUGCCCCGGAGAACUCCCAAACAGCACUAUUGUAACACGUGUGGUAAAACCUUCUCUUCUUCGAGUGCCCUGCAGAUCCACGAGAGAACUCACACUGGAGAGAAGCCCUUUGCUUGCACUAUCUGUGGAAGAGCAUUCACAACAAAAGGCAAUCUGAAGGUCCACAUGGGCACCCAUAUGUGGAACAGCACCCCUGCACGCCGGGGCCGGCGGCUCUCAGUGGAUGGCCCCAUGACAUUUCUAGGAGGCAAUCCUGUCAAGUUCCCAGAAAUGUUCCAGAAGGAUCUGGCGGCGAGGUCAGGAAGCGGGGAUCCGUCCAGCUUUUGGAACCAGUAUACAGCAGCACUGUCCAACGGGCUGGCCAUGAAGGCCAACGAGAUCUCUGUCAUUCAGAACGGCGGCAUCCCUCCAAUUCCUGGAAGCCUGGGCAGCGGGAGCAGCUCACCUAUCAGUGGGCUGACAGGGAACGUGGAAAAAAUGGGGAAUUCGGAACCCAGUGCGCCUCUGGCUGGCCUGGAGAAAAUGGCGAGCAGCGAGAACGGAACCAACUUCCGUUUCACCCGCUUCGUGGAGGACAGCAAAGAGAUAGUCACAAGCUAAAGCUGCCAGAGUGUUUCCUCUCAGAAUGUCGCCCGAGGUUGCCUCCUGCCCCUCCCCCCACCCUUUACCUUCUGGCCCCUGGGACUAUGAACUCCAUUAUGAAGACAUUCUUUUGUAUGUUGUUCAACCUCUAGAGUUCUAAGAAAGCUUAUUUAUUAGUGCUAUAACCUUGCUUUGCAAACAGAGUGCAAGCAUUAACUUUGGUCUUCUGUAUUUUGGACUAAAUACUAAUGGACUAGAGUGCUCCAAGCUUGCUGUAACAUUUAUGGCAAUCGCAAGUUGCCCUGCUAGGCGGUCUUAAUCCGGCAUUAACUUAUUUUCUAUAUCCAGUUUAAUAUGAAUCUGGUGUUGAUGCAAUGCCUCCGUGAUACGUUAGAUCUCUAAUAAAGUCUGUAUAUAAAUGUACACUUUGAUCCUGCUGGAAAAUUUUAUCAGCAAACACAUUGUCUAAUCUUUCCAAACAGAUUUAAGGGAAGGACUUUUAAGUACAGGCUGAACAUUUGAAAGGCUUAGGGCUUUUUGUUGUUGUUGUUUGUUUGUUUGUUUGUUUUUUGGUUUUGUUUUCAUUUUGAUUCUAAACUUCAACCUGCUUUUUUUUUGGUUUUGUUUUAGAGAGUUAACCAUUUCCGUUUUGAACUAUUUGUAUUGUGCUUUUUACUUGAGUUGUCUUCAAUGUUAAUAAGUUUCUGUACAGUAAUAAGCACGCAGAAUUCUUUAGAGGGAAAAAAAAAACCACAAGUGUUGUUUUGGUAGUUGAAACUGAGACGUAGCAUUUUGGCCUUGUAGGGUAUAUUCACAGUAGAAAACGUGUGCUGGAAUUUCACAAUGCUGCUAACGAUAGCAUCUUGAACGACCUUCAGUGGAGAAAUGUAGAUGCUCUUCUAUAUACAAUAAGAAAUAUCACUUUCAUUAAAAUGUACAUAUGUUCCUUACAAGAGCAAAUGCCUCUUGAUCAAGAGCAGGUAUAGUGUUGGUUUAUUUUGUAUUAGGUAUGGAAGGAAAAAAAUGGACUGUUACAUGCACUUUCUUGGAAAGUUGAAGUGGGGGGGUUCCAAUUUCUUUAACAUUUAAUACUUACUAACAACAGAGAUACUGUAAUUUUACUCAAGUAAUCAAAUACAUUUUUUUUGCAACAGAUAAAA